GAUUGUUCUGCGGAGUUUGCGGUGCUGCAACGAUACUGGGUUGUGUACUACGUCAAGAGCUUGGCGUAUGUAAGCGUUUCGACCACUUGCUUUGCCGCUCGUAUUCAUCUUGGCUGGGGAUCCAGGCACCAACAUAUUGUCCUCUACCCAUCGAGAAGUUCUCAAAAGGUUUCAAAGUCAAUUGAAUUGGCUUAAUUUGCACUUCAUCCUUUUCAGCAUCAUGUCUUCCACUGACGACUUCGUCCAUAUCUUGUCUGGCCCAAAUCCCAGCCCUUCUCACCCUGGAUGGAGCACCACGCAAGAACUUCUCAAUAAUUGCAAGGCCGAUCGGCAGUUCACAGAGGGGCUCAUCUACGAUGCUCUUGUUGCCAAAUAUCCUCAUCACCACGUAGCUGUCGUUCCUGGCUACCCAACUGAUUUUCUAGCGUUUGGAUCAGCAAGUCAAGAUGUGACCUUUUCUCCUCAUAAGGAAAUCGGACUGAUAGAAAGAUCAUUCUUGCCACCAGCCAGGCGCUAUAACGACGAGAAUGGUGGCAAUUUUGCUGACACUGUCAUCUUCGGGAUGUUCGAUUAUCAGUAUAAAACCAACCAAUUCCUUGUUUACAUUGCGGAUUGUCAAGAUGGGAUGUACAAGAAGAAAUUCUCCUAUGUUUUGUACGAAUACAAGGAUUCUACCGAGAAAAUCUUCGCCCAACAGAUUACCGAUGAAUUGAUAGCUGCUGCCGCAAAAUAUGCGCAAGAGCUUCAUAAUGAAGUCCUUGUGUUUGAUCAAGGAUUUUGGCAAAAGAACAAAGAGCUGUAUGAAAACAUCCAGAAAUCGAACUGGGAAGACGUCAUCUUGGAACAGGAGAAGAAGGAAGCUAUCAUUGAAGAUGUUCUAGGUUUCUUCAAUGCGGAGUCUAGAUACGCUGAGUUUGGAGUGCCGUGGAAACGAGGAGUCAUCUUCUAUGGUCCACCCGGCAAUGGAAAGACUAUCUCGACGAAAGCUCUCAUGCAUGACAUCUCGAAGAGAACAUCUCCAAAGAUCGAGUCUCUUUAUGUCAAGACAUUCAACAGCUUUGCUGGACCAGAGUAUGGCAUUCGUCAGAUCUUCAUGCAAGCACGACGCUUGGCCCCAUGUCUUCUUAUCUUUGAAGAUAUUGACUCUCUGAUCCUCCCCAACGUUCGAAGUUACUUCCUGAACGAAGUUGACGGACUUGAGUCCAACCAUGGUAUCCUUAUGAUUGGAAGCACCAACCAUCUCGAGAGACUGGAUCCUGGCAUUGCAAAACGUCCCAGUCGAUUUGAUAGAAAGUAUCUUUUCGACGUUCCCAACAGAGAGGAGAGAAUUCAGUACUGCGACUACUGGCGUCACAAAUUGCGAAACAACAAGAAAGUCGACUUUCCUAAGGUGAUGUCCGAAAAAGUAGCCGAGAUCACUAGUGAUUUCUCCUUCGCUUACAUGAAGGAAGCAUUCGUCGCCGCUCUACUCGUCAUUGUGGCCAGGUCUGACGAGAAGUCAAGACUUAGACGCAGGGAAGAUGAUCUAAGUGGGAACGUUCUUUGGAAGGAGUUGUACAAACAGAUUGAGAGCCUCAGAAGAGAGAUGGAUGGUGACGAUGACGAAGAUGCGGUAUCUAGUGCAAGCAUGACUGUUGGCAUGACCGGUGGGAUGAGCAUGACUGGUAUGUGGCCAGCUUUGGGUGGGGUUCUUGAUGAGAGACGUCCAAGUCCUCUCGACUUUCCUCUCCUCAACAGGAACAAUGGCAUGCCCAGAUACUACUAGAUGCUAUAUUGUAAUAGUAACAGCACAGUAUCAUGAAUUAGGGAUUACGUAUAACUAUACUGUACAAUGCACAAUUUCGUGCUGUGGGGUAUCA